AUGGAGAUAGUGCGCGAGCACGAGCGACGACAGCGCGACACCGGCGCCACCUACCAGCUUAACGGCGCGCACAUCAGCGCCGCCUACUGGGAGAACCCGCACAGCCCGCGCACGGACGCCGUCUGGCUGCAACUAUGCACACUAACGCUCGACGCGCUCUCUCAGUAUCUCAACUUCACGUACGCGAUCUCGCGCAUCUCCGCACACACCGACCCCAUCGCUCUCGUGCAUGCCAACCGCGUCCAACUUCUCGUCAACUUCCUCGCCGUGACACCCAACCGCAGCCGCUACGUCACCUUCCUCGAGCCUUUCAUCUACUCACAUAAGACCUUCCUCGUGCGCGCCUCCCCUCCCGCCCCCGGCUUCUCCCUCCUCGGUCCCUUCGACGCUCUCACCUGGUCGCUUCUCCUCGCGGUCGCCGUGAUGACGGCCGUUGCAAUGGCGAUGAACGGGCGUCUGUGUCUGCCGUGUAUGACGUGGGGCGACGCGCGGCGGCGGGUGGACGCACGCGCCAUCACCGACCUGUUGAAGUACUACGUGCGGUACGUGUUCGGCGCGCUGGUACGGCAGGGCGGGCCCUGGCUGCCGGCGGCGGCGCCCGUGCGCACCGUGCUAGCAGCGUGGUGGCUGUUCGCAAUCUGCGCGUCGACGAUCUACAGUGCGUCACUCGUCUCCCUGCUGACGGUCGUCCGCGUGCGCGAACCCUUCACCUCCAUCCCCGCGCUCUUGCGUCACCCCGCGAUGACCCCCGUCGUCGUCGCUGGUCAGUCGGUCGUCGAACAACUGGCGACGAGUCCGGCGAACUCGUCGCUGCAUCGGCUGUUGGAGCGUGUAGCCGCCGCGGCGCCGCGCUCCGUCGCGAAAUCGCUCCCCGAGGGGCUCCGGCUCACGCUGCUCGGUAACCACACGCUGAUAGGAAACGCGCUCGAACUGAAGCUGCUGAUCAUAGAGGAAGCCGAGGCCGUGUUCUCCCACGAAGACGACGGGGAGGUCACGUGCGCGCUGAUGCUGUCGUCGGUCGAGAUGCUGCCGACUAGGAUGGCGUGGAUGGUCCCGCGCGGGAGCCCGUACGUGCGCUCGCUCAACAACGGUAUACGCGCAGCGAUAGAGAGCGGCCUCAGAGAUAAGUGGCUGCACGAGGCGCUGCCUGACCGACUGGAGCUGUGCAGACGACCGCGCAAGAACAUCGCCGUGACGACGCGGCAGCUGACAUCUGUUGACCUCUCCGGGGCAAUCUCCGUGCUUGUGUACGGGGGCAUCUCCGCGGUGGUGGUGUUGUGUCUGGAGAAAUUUAUCUACCACGCGCACAACGCGCUCAGUGAGGGCCAGCAGUGGCAGCGGCGCCGUCAGCGUCUGCUUCUGAUGCCUGUCGCCAUGGUUACAGACGACGCGGCGCCGCAGCACCGGGCAGAGAGCGGCACUGUCGACCGCGUCGACAUAUAG